ACACGCUAGUGGAGCGGAAGAUGGCGGCGGCGGCUGCGGCUGCAGCCGGGACCCCAGUUUGGUUGAGGCGGAGGAGCCGCCGGCUCUGACCUCGCUCUGGCUCCAGUGCGUGCGGUAGAGCGUGUGCGAGGCCCCGUGCGGCGGGCAGGGGCGGCAGUGGCCAGUGCGCGCCGCCCUGAGGAACGCCCGGGCGGCGCUGCUGCGGCUGAGGAGAGAGCCGGCUCCGGGCCUCGGCGUCCUCCUGCGCCCUGGGCCCCGCGCCUCCUCGGGGGGGCGGCGGCGGCGAUGUUCUCGGUCUUGUCGUACGGGCGGCUGGUGGCCCGCGCUGUGCUCGGCGGCCUGUCGCAGACCGACCCCAGGGCGGGCGGCGGCGGAGGCGGCGGCAGCGGCGACUACGGGCUGGUGACGGCGGGCUGCGGCUUCGGCAAGGACUUCCGUAAGGGCCUGCUCAAGAAGGGCGCGUGCUACGGGGACGACGCGUGUUUCGUGGCCCGCCACCGCUCGGCCGACGUGCUGGGAGUUGCGGAUGGCGUUGGAGGGUGGAGAGACUAUGGAGUGGACCCGUCUCAGUUCUCAGGGACUUUAAUGCGAACAUGUGAGCGGUUAGUAAAAGAAGGACGCUUUGUCCCCAGCAAUCCUGUUGGGAUUCUCACCACGAGCUACUGUGAGUUGCUGCAAAACAAAGUACCCUUGCUGGGUAGCAGCACAGCCUGCAUCGUGGUGCUGGACAGAAGUAGCCACCGUCUGCACACAGCGAACCUGGGUGACUCGGGCUUCCUGGUGGUCCGGGGCGGCGAGGUCGUGCACCGCUCUGAUGAGCAGCAGCAUUACUUCAACACUCCAUUCCAGCUCUCCAUUGCUCCCCCGGAAGCUGAGGGAGUCGUCCUGAGCGACAGCCCCGAUGCUGCUGACAGCACAUCUUUCGAUGUUCAGUUAGGAGACAUCAUCCUGACAGCGACAGAUGGGCUCUUUGACAACAUGCCUGAUUAUAUGAUCCUUCAGGAGCUGAAAAAACUGAAGAAUUCAAAUUAUGAGAGCAUACAGCGGACUGCAAGGAGCAUCGCUGAGCAAGCGCACGAGCUGGCCUAUGACCCAAAUUACAUGUCACCUUUCGCACAGUUCGCAUGUGACAACGGAUUAAAUGUGAGAGGUGGAAAACCAGAUGACAUCACCGUGCUCCUCUCAAUAGUGGCUGAGUACACGGACUGACUGGCCACACUGGUGACUCCUGCCUUUCCCUUGUCCCCAACGUUUCCCUGCCACGUGUGCUGAUCCUGCUGGCAGGACCACAUUUCUUUGCCACUGAUCUGUGGCCACUGAUGGAUGCUCUGGCCCACGUUUGAGACCCAUGGAGAUCCUUGCUGAGAACCACUACUGUCAUGCGCUAGCCCGGACCUGCUGGCGACCCUCUGAGAGAAGCGAGGCCACCUCUCCCUUCUCCUGGAGGUUUUCAAAGCCUUUUACUUUUCAAAAGCAGUUGAAGUUUUGAAAAUAAGUAAUGUUGGUAAAGCGAACUCAAAAUUUCAGUGUGUUAAAGGGAUGUUAACAGUUGACAAAUAGUGAAUAGUGACAGCUCUACAGAGCACACAUGGUCGUCCCAGGAGAACCAGCCCUGUGUCCCACAGGUGCAGUCUCUGCUAGGACUGGUAUGGUUUGUGUCUUCUGUAUAAACUCCUGAUUUCAGGAGCUCACAGCCCUGCCCUAACCCUGUGCUGGGCACUGGCAUCUCAACCCCAGCGGUGGAUGGCUUGGGUUACAAAUUGGAAGGAAAUUUUUGUUCUGUGGAUGCAGAUGUUUUGUGCUUUUUAAAAGAUGCUUAAUUGUGCCCCUGUGACUGCAGCUGUGGCAGUCUGUUGAUUUGUCCAGGUCACAGGCUAGAGGCAGGAGAGGGACAGGGAAAUCUAGUAAAGGAAAUACUACGCAAAAUUUCAAACUCCUCAAAGCCUGGGAAUCAGUGCUGUAGCUGAGGUCGUCCGCGCUGCCUGUAAGGAUGCCCCGGGCUUUCCUAGAGUAGAGAACGCAGCUGCAGCUCGGAAUGGGGCUGGCUGUGGACAGCCUUGCUCCUCCCCCUCAGGAGCCGCCCACCCUCCCAUGCCCCACCUGCGUUGUGUCCUCAAGGUGAUGAUGGCCUGGUGGCGCGGUGGCUGCAUCUCCCAGAGCCCACAGGAAAGCCAGUGGUACCUGACAUUCACAGUGACAUCACAGCUGAGUGUGGGGCCCUGAGUCCGGCUUACUGUUUACAGUCCCCAAUAGCCAUCGCAGUAGGUGACGCUCCUUCCCAGAAUCCCCCAGUACCUGCGAGCGCAGACUUGUUUUUAAGGUUUAUGUACAACUGACUGCUGUAAAGAUAUAUAUAUAUUUUUGGGUCCGUUCUUUUCCUUCAUUAACGUGGUGGUAGAAAAACCAUAUAUACUUAGAAACCCUUAAGUUAAAGCCGUGUUUUCUGUGCGAGUCAGAUGAUGCUGGCGCGAAGACGGUGUGAGCAGCUGCACAGCCCGUCCUCUGCAGGAGACACUGGCUCCCCGGGUAUUGCAUUGAACUUGUGUGUGAGGUUACCUCAACUUGUUUUUAAAGGUUUUGUCUGUGUGUCUGUAUAUUUGAGUAGCUGUGUCUUGUUUUAUUUAAAUUGUUUACCAUGUACCAUGUACAUGUCAGUGCUCUCAGUGCAUCAUGCUUGUAACAGGCAUUUCAUUUAUAAGAAUGAGUUACUCAUUUGUAAGCUGUUCAGUAAUUUAUCUACUAUUCCUAAAUUGGCAUAAUGUUAGAUUCCUGUAUUGAAUCACCUUUAAUUACACGUCAGAAUGCCUUAACUACCCUAACCUGACAACACUGAGCUCUCUGGUGAGGAGAUACAGCGGCCGGGAUGCAGGGAGACUGGACUAAGGAGACGCGCCGCGUUCUGUUGAUCCUGGGGCACGAGGGGCACGUGGUGGGUAUUUAUUUUGCACAAACUCUUUACAGUGUCUGUGUGUGAAACGGUGAGGUUGCAUCCAGAUGGGGUGUGUGACUCUAGGACUGAGCUUCAGCUCUUCUGUGUGGUUUGUCAUUAGUUUUUGGUCAGAGGUGUUGUAGCCUUACAAUCUGGAUAUAUUUUGCAUUAAUUUUCCAAUGCCGACAUUUAAUUCCUGCUAAGAGCAGAGCUGGUCAAGUCGCUGGCUUUUUUUCUGCUCUCAUUUUAGCCCAUCAACCAAUGUUUGUAAAAGUGGAUUGGUUUGUUGUAGACAACUUCUUUUUAGUCAACUCACUUUUCUGAGCAGUCAUCGUUAGAAAUGGACAGGCAAUAGGGCUGCUCUAGUAAACAGAAAGCCAUAGGGCAGGCAUCAGGCUUCAGUGAAAUUACUUGGGGCCUGGCGCAUGAGCUAGUGACAUCGAGUAUUCCAUCUGCUUCUCCCUGUCCGUUUGUCACACACUCGGUUUUAUAACUGUCCAAGGUCAGGCAGAGCAAGCCCCGCUCACACUCACUGUGCCCAGGGCUCUGUCACGCACCCCUCGCCAGGGCUGCUCUGGAACCUGGUGUGCGCGUGCACUGUAUUUUAAAUCAAGCAGUGUAAGCACUCAUGUUUGUCUCAGAGUGAACUUUUAUAACAAAAGAGAAAAUUUGGAUUUUAAUUUACAAAUGGCAAAUUAUUUAUCCCUCUGGAUGCACCAAAGACCAGUAAAGUUUAUAGCUUUUCCAUCUAUAUUUAUAAAGCAAUACUGUAUUAUAAAAAUCACUAUUUUUAUCACAUGCUUGAAAUUUUUAUUUUGUUCUGUUUUAAAAAUGUGCACUCUAAACAUAUCAGAACCUUAUUUCUUCCUAUGAACUUAAGCUGCCUGCGCACAAAAAAUAUUAAAUUAUCAAGUGGAGAUGAAGUAGCUGGCGUCCCUAGGCUCUAACAGCGGAGAGAAAGGAGGGGACAAGUUCUGUAUCCUGAGUCGCUGUGUGCUUGGUCGAUAGGCUACUCGCUCACAGAGUCCAUUCCAGGUGUGUGUCUGCGGCAGAGACUGGCACCAGCGUUCCGAGGCAGGAGAGUGCCCUUGCUCUGGGUAGAGUAGCCAGCAGACGGAAGCGUCCCAGCACUGCCCUCCCCAGGAGUGUCUUGGAGGCACUGGCAGGCUGGCUGAGGCUGUGCGUGUUUGUACUUUAGAGUAGGUUCAUGGCUUCUUGUCACUGUACAGCAGCUCUCUCUGGCCAAGUUGUAACACUCAGUUUCUCUGGAGACUGUCACAGUUUUACAUUUAAAAAAAUUUGCAA